ACCACACCUGGGCGGGCCCCAGCUGCCAGCCACGCCCCGCGGCAGCCCCCUCGCAGCCGCCGACAGGUGGCCCCACGGCGCUGCCCCCUCUUUGACCCGCGCGCGCCUCGACGUCGGUGCCGCCGCGUGAAAUCUCCCCCCGCCCGUCGCCGAGACGAUCAGAAGAACACGUUAGAAGCAAAUCUCCCAAAAAAAAAACCCCCAAAAAAAACCGACGCGUGGGUUAAAAGAGGCAGGUUUUUUGAUGCUCUCCGCCUUAAAUCUCACCCGUUCCGCGUGAUUUUUUUUAUUUUUUAUCUCGUCUUCCUCCUCCGCCUUCGCCUGAUCGAGAUCGCUUCUGCUCCUCGCCGCCGCCGCCGCAAGCUCGCAAGUGCGAGGAGUCUCAGUGCACCACAUCGAACGUAUACAAGAAAGCUGGUCAGCCAUACUGGGUGGCUAACUUUCACCUUGUCAAGGCCAGAUUACGUCAUCAAGAAACCACAAUAGUGCAUGCAAGUGUGUUGAAUCAAUACAGCACACAUGCCAUGGGAAUCUAUUGUACCCAUGGGUGAGACAAGAUGAACAGGAAGCCAGGAGACUGGGACUGCAGGGCGUGCCAGCACCUCAACUUCAGCCGCCGGGACCUAUGCCAGCGCUGCGGCGAGCCGCGUGGCGCCGCUGAUCGUGGCAGUGGCGGGGGUGGCGACUACGCCAACUUUGGCGGCCGUGGUGGCUCCUCCUUCGGUGGAGGCUUUGGCACUGGCUCUGAUGUCCGCCCAGGUGACUGGUACUGCAACUGCGGCGCGCACAACUUUGCCAGCCGCUCCAGCUGCUUCAAGUGCGCUGCCUUCAAGGACGACGCUGCCGUCAACAGUGGCGCUGGUGCCUUUGAUGGGGACAUGUCGCGCUCACGGGGCUACGGCUUCGGCGCCGGCGCCGGCACCGGCGCCGCCGCCCGCGCCAGCCGCCCUGGCUGGAAGUCUGGCGACUGGAUUUGCACCAGGUCUGGAUGCAAUGAGCACAACUUCGCAAGCAGGAUGGAGUGCUUCAGGUGCAACGCACCGCGGGACUCCGGUAGCGCUAUGACAUACGAAAAUUACUUGCACUGAGGUGUAAGUUGCCGAGCCCCAAUCGACCCGGCGGCGAGGUUUGCAUGCAUCAGCAGCAGCGACGACGACGAGCAGAAGCAGCAUUAAGAGUUCUGAUCUCUACCUACAUAAGAAGAAGAAGAAAGUAGAAUGCAAAAGAAAUCUCCAAUGCUUUUACUAGUUUUGUUUCUUCCUGUUUUAGAUUUGGUUCUGAUUCCCAUUUGGGAGGACCCGUCGACCCCUGAUUAUCUAUGUUUUACCCGUUUUAAUUGUUUCCUGUUACCUUUCGGCAUGUUUGCUCUUCGAGUCGUGUAACCCAAAAACGCUUGCGCUUGAGAAGUAUUAUUAUCGUUAACUAGUACUGUUGCUUCU